AUGUUCAAAAAGUUCAACCCCAAGGAGGACGUGUCGAGUUCGACAUCUCUCAAAUCAUCUGUCCAAAGGAAUAUCAGGUCUCAAGCCCUGGCUCAAAUACCAUUCCUCUCGCUUCCCGUUUACAAGGAUGCGUCUACAGCUGCUGCCGCUGAAGCAUCGGCCGAAGGUGAAGCGGCGCCCCUUGAGGAAGAGAAGAAGGAGGAGACUUCAGGAGGUGGGAAAGGGAAAGGUGGAAAGAAGGGCGGUAAGGGAAAGGGUGGCAAAGGAAAGGGAAAAGACAAGGAGGAGAAGGAGGAAAAGGAGGAGGAGGACGCCGGUGCCGAGACGGUCCUCGAAGAGUUCUGGCCAAAGAAGGAUGCUUUGGGAUUGACCAAGUGUCACGACCGGAUAUCGAUCUACACUAUCCAAUCUGUCCCUAUCUUCUUCCAGCACUUUGAUGGUCCUCUGGUUCCGACCUUGAAGCUCUUACAUCGAUACCCCGAGAUGCUUCCUCGUGUCCAGAUCGACCGGGGUGCCAUCAAGUUCCUUCUUGCCGGCGCCAACAUGAUGGCCCCCGGUCUUUUGUCGGCUGGCGGUCAGCUUCCUAACGGACUCGAGAAGGAUACUAUCGUAGCUAUCUUUGCCGAGGGCAAGCAGCAUGCGUGUGGAAUCGGAAAGCUCGUCGCUUCCAGUGACGAGAUCAAGAAGGUGGGGAAGAAUGUCGCCGUGGAGACUAUUUGUUGGAUUGGAGACGAUCUUUGGAAAGUGGACACCAUUGGCCUUUGA